UGGGUAGCCUUUAAAUGUGUAUAUAUGGCAUGUUGAACAAGAAGCAGAAAGACAUAGUUAUUCUUUAUGGACCCAAGAAUCUCUUUUUCCAAUGAUUUUGCAGAAGCCCAGAUGGGUAUCAAGAGUGAAAGCAACUACAGAGAAGCACCAGUUUCUUCAGAAUUUCAAUUCUCUGUGAAGAAGUACAGAAUGAUAGCAGCUGAUGAGGUGAUCUUUAAGGGCAUGUUGGUGCCUGUGAAGGAGAAUUGCACUAAGAUGAUGACUCUAAGAGAUGAACUACUUGUUGAUGACGAGGAUGAGGAGGAGGAUGCAUUGUCAAAGCUACCAAAGAAUUCAUGGUGGUGGAAGGAAAGGUUGGGCUUAAAGAAGUCCAAUGAUAAGAAAUAUUACUGUGCUCCACCAAAAACCACAGUAGUAGAAAAUCCAUGUACCAAGAAGGCACGAACGAUGUAUCUGUCCAACGGCCAAUUAUAUAAGUCUUUUAUGAAGCACCAUCACUUUUUUUUUCUGUUUUAUGCUCAUUAACAUCUCAAGUGAUUGGGAAAUAUAUAAUCUCAUUUAAUCACUUGACGAUGGUUUAAUUGUUUAUCUCCCAAAACUUAAGGUGUACGAUGCCAAAGAUAAGUGGUGUAGACUGUUUUUGAAGUCCGAAAUUUAUGCCUACUCAACUCAACUUAUUUGAAGAGCAUGUUGGGGCUGGAUUGAUUCGCUGCUUCUUUGGUUACCAAAUAAAAGAAUCUCCCCGUUGAUUUCG